AUGGCUAUCAAUUCACUACUACUAACGGCUUCAUGCUUCACUAUCGCACAUGCUGUCUCUAUCUCCCUAACACCGGCCGCCAACGCGCCUGCAGCUUCUGGCAUUUCUCAAGUCGUUGGUCCUUCGUUUGCUGGCCUCGGAAUUGAACCUUCGAAUUUGUUCUCCUUCACUGGUGGCAACACACCUAAUCAACUCUCCAUCAAUCUCCUCCAACAUCUCACAAAUUACUCGGGCGCACCUCCACAUCUCAGACUCGGUGGCAACACUGGUGAUCACAUGGUCUGGGAUGCUUCUCACCAAGGAUAUAGUCUCGCAAAGAACCCCAACCAGGAAGAAACCAACCCCACUCCUGCAGAUGGAACAGUUUUCGGACCCGGUUACCUCGAGGCUCUCGAGCGUUUUCCCAAGGGCAUGCCUGUCACUUUCCAACUGAACCUUGCUUAUGACAUGGGUGAUCGUCUCGAGAAGAUCAACGAAGCCGCAGCUGCCGUUAUCGAUGGUCUCAACAACACUUCCCUCUACUCAUUCGAGAUCGGCAACGAGCCAGACUUGUAUUUGGAAAGCUGGCAACAGAUGAGAAACGGCACCUGGGACGGCACCAUCUACACACAGCAGUGGUUAGAAAGAGCAGAGUCAGUAUGCGACAAUGUCCUGAAGCCGAGAGGCAAGAACUGCGAUUUCUUUGAGGCCGCUCAAACUGCUUCGACAAUCGGCACAACCUUCACGCUUAGCGACCUGGCCAAUGCUGGAAUCUCGGACGAAAUCAAUGGCACCACCUAUCUCUCGUCAUGGAACCAGCACGACUACUUCUACUUUGUCGACGUCUCGACUUACGACAUCACCCUCAACAUCAUGAUGGACUUUGACAGGACCGAAGAUCAGUUCAAGUACUGGACUACCGAAAUUGCGUAUGCUCAAUCCACCGGGAUCCCUUACAACCUCCGCGAGAUGGCAAACGUUGGUCCCAUCGGUUUGGCAAACGUGAGCAACACUUUUGGAGCCGCUCUUUGGUUCCUCAACUUCUACUGCUACGGCGCCACCCUCAACAUCUCCUCCGUCGAAAUGCACAUGACCGACAACUCGUACGCUUCGCCCUGGCAGCCCAUCUUCAUGAAUGGAGAGGCCGCCAACGUCCGUCCUAGCUACUAUGCUCUGGCUGCUAUGGCUCAGCUCCUUGGUUCGGGUAACGGUACUACCAGACUCGCUCCUUUGGCUACUCAGAACUCUUAUGUCCGUGCCUACGCCGCCUACGCUAAUGAUGAUCUUUCUUCUUUGGUCAUUAUCAACGCUCAGCAGGUUAACGCAUCUGCUGCCGACAAGAGUGGCAUCGACUUUGACAUUUCGCUUCCCAGCCUCGGUGGCCAGACCCUGUACCUCUCGUACUUGAGUGCUGACGGCGCUGACACCGUUCACAACGUCACUUGGAACGGCCUCAGCUUCGAAAGCGACAGCGUGGGUUCAGCUAGCACUGCUCAGGACCAGAGUGGCCAAACUGUCGUUCUUGACAGCAACGGCGCCGCAACCAUCACUGUUCGCGACUCGCAAGCCAUCAUCGCAAACCUCGGCGCUCGUCUGGGCUCGCUCCCUGUCGAAGUUGCUAACUCCACGUCCUCUUCCGGCUCUGGGUCCUCUGGUUCCGGCUCUGGUAGAUCCAGCCACAAAUCCAGCGCCAGCACUAGCGGCGCAGCACCCACAGUGAGUACAUCCGCAUCCGCAACCGCACCCGCGUCCACAUCAGCAGGAGACAUCCAAGCUGCAGCGGCAUCAGGCAGCGCCGCUAGUGCCAGUGCCAGCGCCAGUGGAACCGCGCAUUCAUCGAGCUCAAAGACCAUCAUGCUGACGGAUAAGACCCUGUUCACCGUCGUCCUUAUGGCCUUGGUGUGUAUCUUCACAUCCUAG